UUCGUGCACAAGAAUAAAUUGUUAUCAUGGAGGAGAACGCAGAUACAACACCAGAUGUGGAAUCCUUCAAUGGGUAUGGCUUCAACAACUAUACAGCCGCCGAAGCAUUCAUUCAAGGACUGUCAGGAAUGGUGAACCAAGGCGAUGUCGAGACAAUGAUACGUGCCCAAAAGCAAAUGCUACAACGAUUUGAGAAGACCAACGAGAUGUUGCUCAACUGCAACGCAUUGUCGCAAAGUCGUUUAAAAAGUGCCAAUGAGGAUUUCAAGCGACACGUUAAACUACUGACUGAGAUGAAGAAAGAUCUGGAUUACAUAUUUCGGAAAGUGCGCAUCAUAAAACAGAAACUGCAGCAGCAAUAUCCAGCCAUAUAUGCGGAAGUGCAACCUCAACGCAGCAGCUUGGCCGAAGAGGCCGAAGAUGAAACGGAAAGCACAAAAUCAACCAACAAACCCGUUGGCGAAGCCGAAGCCGAGUUGAAGUCAACUGUGGAGCAGGCGCCCAAGAAGAGUGCGGCGACAAUUGAGUAUGUGCAGAUGCAGGAGGCCAUCGAGAAUGGCAUCGUUGAGAUCGAGAAUGAGUUGAUUAAACGUGUAUGUUCCGUAGAGACAGCGAAUCCCAAUGAUUCAUCCGAUUGUACGUCAGAAGACACUGGUUAACUUAUAGUUUAGUCGUAUUUA